CGCGGCGUGGAGGUCCGGAUCGUUCCCCAAAUCGCAGGGAGUCGCCGCUGGAGAGGGGCUCGGCGCCCGGCGGGGACUGCAGGCAAUGACUCAGGAUGCAGCCAGGGGCCACGACGUGCACGGAGGACCGCAUCCAGCAUGCCCUGGAGCGUUGCCUGCAUGGACUCAGCCUGGGCCGCAGCACCACUUCCUGGUCAGCGGGGCUGUGUCUGAAUUGCUGGAGCCUUCAGGAGCUGGUCAGCAGGGACCCGGGCCACUUCCUCAUCCUCCUGGAGCAGAUCCUGCAGAAAACCCGAGAGGUCCAAGAGAAGGGUACCUAUGACCUCCUCACCCCACUGGCUCUACUCUUCUAUUCCACUGUCCUCUGUACCCCACACUUCCCACCAGACUCAGAUCUCCUUCUGAAGGCAGCCAGAACCUAUCACCGAUUCCUGACCUGGCCUGUUCCUUACUGCAGCAUCUACCAGGAACUGCUUACCUUCAUCGAUGCUGAACUCAAGGCCCCAGGAAUCUCCUACCAGAGACUGGUACGGUCCGAGCAGGGUCUGUCCAUCAGGAGUCAACGAAGUUCCACUGUCACUGUGCUGUUGCUGAACCCAGUGGAGGUGCAGGCUGAGUUCCUUGCCGUGGCUGACAAGUUGAGCGCACCCGCGCACUCACCCCACAGCACCUACACCACCCUGCUCCUGCAUGCCUUCCAGGCUAUCUUUGGUGCCCACUGUGACCUCCCUGGCCUGCACUGCAGGCUGCAGUCCAAGACCCUGGCAGAGCUUGAGGACAUCUUCACAGAGGUUGCUGAGGCACAGGAGCAGGCAUCUGAAGCUGGGAAUGCAACCGAGGCUCGGAAGUGGCUCAGGACGAAGCUUCAGGCGGUGGGAGAGAAAGCUGGUUUCUCUGAGGUCUUGGACACCGCAAAACCCGGGAAGCUCCACACCAUCCCCAUCCCUGUCGCCAGGUGCUAUACCUACAGCUGGAACCAGGACAGCUUUGAUAUCCUACAGGAAAUCCUACUCAAGGAACAGGAGUUGCUGCAGCCAGGGAUCCUGGGGGAUGACGAAGAAGAGGAAGAAGAGGAGGAGGAGGAGGAGGAGGACUUGGAAACUGAUGGACACUGUGCUGAGAGGGACUCACUGCUCUCCACGAACUCUUUGGUGUCCCAUGACUCCACCCUGUCUCUUGCCUCCUCUCAGGCCUCAGGGCCAGAGCUCUCCCGCCAUCUGCUGACCUCCUUUGUCUCAGGCCUCUCUGAUGGCAUGGACAGUGGCUAUGUGGAGGACAGUGAGGAGAGCUCCUCCGAGUGGCCCAAGAGGCUUGGUAGCCAGGAAUGCAAGGGCCACCGCAGGCCUGGGCAAAAGUUCAACAAAAUCUAUAAAAUCAUCAAGAGCACCAGCCAGCUGGUACUGCGGAGGAACUCUCGGGGCCUAGAGAGUGGCUCGGACACAGCCCUGCCCCUGCGAAGGGCGGGGAGCCUCUGCAGCCCACUGGACAGCCCGACACUUCCCCCCUCCCGGGCACAGCGCUCACGAUCCCUGCCCCAGCCCAAGCUCAGCACCCAGCUGCCCAGCUGGCUCCUGGCCCCUGCCCCAUGCCACCAGCGCCGCCGCCCCUUCCUGAGUGGGGAUGAGGACCCCAAGGCAUCCACACUUCGGGUUGUGGUCUUUGGCUCCGACAGGGUUUCAGGGAAAGUGGCUAGGGCAUAUAGUAACCUCCGGAGGCUGGAGAACAAUCGCCCGCUCCUCACACGGCUGUUCAAGCUGCAGUUCUUCUAUGUGCCUGUGAAGCGAAGCCAUGCAACUGGCUCGGGUGCCUGCCCAGCCCGUCCGAGCCAGAUGUCUCCACUCCCCACAGACUCCCCGAGGCAGCCAAACCCACCAGAGCUGGGCACACCCCCAUGGGAGGACAGCACAAAUGACAUCUCCCACUACCUUGGCAUGCUUGACCCCUGGUAUGAGCGCAAUGUGCUGGGCCUCAUGCACCUGCCACCUGAAGUCCUGUGCCAGCACUCCCUGAAGGCUGAGUCCCGGCCCCUGGAGGGCUCCCCUGCCCAGCUGCCCAUCCUGGCUGACAUGCUGCUCUACUACUGCCGCUUCGCUGCCCGGCCGGUACUGCUGCAGGUCUAUCAGACGGAGCUGACCUUCGACACUGGGGAGAAGACGACGGAGAUCUUUAUCCACUCCCUGGAGCUUGGUCACUCUGCGGCCACACGAGCUAUCAAGGCUUCAGGUCCUGGCAGCAAGCGGCUGGGCAUCGAUGGCGACCGGGAGGCCGUCCCUCUAACACUACAGAUUGUUUACAGCAAGGGAGCCAUCAGUGGAAGAAGCCGCUGGAGCAACCUGGAGAAGGUCUGCACCUCUGUCAACCUCAACAAGGCCUGCCAGAAGCAGGAGGAGCUAGACUCCAGUAUGGAGGCGCUGACGCUAACCCUAACAGAAGUAGUGAAAAGGCAGAACCCCAAAUCCAAGAAGGGUUUUAACCAGAUUAGCACAUCACAGAUUAAAGUGGACAAGGUACAGAUCAUUGGCUCCAGUGGCUGCCCUUUUGCCGUGUGUCUAGACCAGGAUGAGAGAAAGAUCCUGCAGAGUGUGGUCAGGUGUGAGGUGUCACCAUGCUACAAGCCAGAGAAGAGAGGCCUACCACCCCAGAAAUCCCCUGACCUGCUGGACCAGCCCACACCCGACCUCUGCUCCCUCCUCUGCCUGCCCAUCAUGACUUUCAGCGGAGCUCUGCCCUAGUGUGACCGCGGCACCAGGCUGAACAGAAAGCCGAGGCAACCACUAUGGACUCCUCUUCCCAGAAGUUACUCCUGUAGAGAACGGAGUGGCCCUGUGCCAGGGACCUGCAGUGGGCCUAAGGUGUGGUGGUAGAAGGUCUCUGGGGUCUCAGGAAGGAGCCCGGACACCUAGCCUCUCAGAUUCCUCACAGCAGAGGGAGAGGGAUGGGUGAGAGUCCCUCCAAUGGGUGAUCU